UAUGCUCGGGCGGCGCACCAGAGGCGCUCGUCGGGUCAACAGUGAUCCGAUAUCAGCCAUGAGAAAAGACGGCAACUAACCCCGGCCCUCGGCCACUUUUUUUUCCGGGUGAGUUUCCGUGUCUUACAUUGGAGCUCGAAUGGACGUCGACGGAGCGAAGGAGUGGGGGGAAGCCACCGCGUGUUUGUUCGCGUUCGGGCAUGUCGGCUGAGUGGAAGUGGAGGUGGCGGCAAGAGGAGGAAGAAGAAGCGAACUUUAGCACCGUCAUUUCUCCUUAGUUUACCCCGACCCCGUGAACUUACCUCACAGCAGGAUCAGCGGUGGAUUUCCCCACAACGUUUCCCCGAUGAGAAGCCCUCACCCGCGGGGAGGCUGCGCGAUGGUGACCGUGACGAUGAGCAAGAGCGCCGAGUGGCUCCAGGAGGAGCUGGAGUCCGGGGCCGCCGCGCAGCUGCUGCUGCUCGACUGUCGGCCGCAUGAGCUCUACGAGUCGUCGCACAUCGAGGCGGCCAUCAACGUGGCCAUCCCGGGCCUCAUGCUCCGCAGACUCAAGAAGGGCAACCUGCCCAUCCGCUCCAUCAUCCCCAACAACGAGGACAAGGAGAAGUUUGUCAAGCGGUGCAAAACGGACGUGGUGCUUCUGUACGACGAGGCCGCCGCCGAGCGACAGGAGUCCGGGCUGGGGAGCUCCGUGCUCGGACUGCUGCUGCAGAAGCUCCGGGACGACGGAUGCAAGGCGUUCUACCUCGAAGGAGGCUUCCACAAAUUCCAGUCCGAGUUCCCCGAACACUGCGAGACCAACUUGGACUGUUCCUGUCCCAGCAGCUCGCCACCGUCCUCCGUGCUCGGCCUGGGAGGACUCCGCAUCAGCUCGGACUGCUCGGACGGCGAGUCGGACCGCGAGCCCAUCAGCGCCACGGAGUCGGAGGGCAGCCCGCUGCCCAGCAACCAGCCCGCGUUCCCCGUCCAGAUCCUGCCGUACCUUUACCUGGGCUGUGCCAAGGACUCCGCCAACCUGGACGUGCUGAGCAAGUACAACAUCAAGUACAUCCUCAACGUCACGCCCAACCUGCCCAACAUGUUUGAGCACGAGGGCGACUUCAAGUACAAGCAGAUCCCCAUCUCGGAUCACUGGAGCCAGAACCUCUCGCAGUUUUUCCCUGAGGCCAUUUCGUUUAUCGACGAGGCCCGCUCCAAAAAGUGCGGCAUCCUGGUGCACUGCCUGGCGGGGAUCAGCCGCUCGGUGACGGUGACGGUGGCCUACCUGAUGCAGAAGCUCAACCUGUCCCUCAACGACGCCUACGACUUCGUGAAGCGUAAGAAGUCCAACAUCUCGCCCAACUUCAACUUCAUGGGCCAGCUGCUGGACUUCGAGCGCACGCUGGCCCUCAGCAGCCCGUGCGACAACAACCGCUCCACGUCGCCCGCCGCCAACGAGCAGCUCUUCUUCACCACGCCCACCAACCACAACGUGUUCCAGUUGGACACGCUGGAGUCCACGUGACAGUAGGGGGCGGGGCGGGACGACAUUCUUCAGGGGGUUCUUGUUUCCGUGGCGACAACAUGGCCGCCGACGCUGCCGUAUCUGGAGGAGGCGCUUUAUUGAAUGAUCUGGCCUCCGCCGGCUCGCCGCUUUGGAGCCGCUUUUGGGAGGAAGUCGCGCAAAGUUUUGAGGCUGAUGAGAAGCUUUAAGGACCGCGCUCAUCGGUCUGCGACGAGAAGCCAAGGAGACUUUUUUUUUUAAAACACAGUAAAUGUGUCACUGCGGAGAAUCUUUGGAGGCGUCACUCUGUUCAAUGUAGAGCUUUUAAAAACCAAUGAAUUAACAAAGUAUUUGUACUGUAUGUUUGUUUGGCGUGCAUUGCAGGAAGAAAUGUCUAUAUGCAGUUAUUUUUUGUAUAUUUUCUUA